CUGGCACACACGCUCUCAUCACUAUGUCAGAUCAAUUCGAGCUCGCAUCGCCACCUUUCGACACACCCUCAUGCCUUCGAUUUUCACCAACCAACCCAGACCUCCUCUUGACCUCGGCAUGGGACACUUCGCUUCGGCUAUACGACAUCCAGACGAACACACAACGCUUCAAGUAUGACCAUCGGGCUGCGGUGCUUGCAUGCACGUGGGGGUCGGACACAACGAAGGCGUAUACGGGUGGGCUGGAUACGGGCGUUCGGGAACUCGACCUUGUCACGGAAAAGGCGACCCACUGGGGCCAACACGACAACGCAGUAUCCAGUAUGGUGUACGCGCGGGACAUGAGCACUGUUAUCACUGGCUCGUGGGACGAAAGUCUGCGUUUCUGGGACCUACGUUCAGCCCCAACGGGAUCCCCAAGUUCAACGCACUCCGUUCCAGAGCGCGUAUACCACCUCGACAUAUCCGGGAACAACCUCGUAGUUGGUAUGGCGAGCCGCUUGUUCCACAUUUACGACAUCAGAAACAUGAGCACGCCCGCGCAGACGAGGGAAAGCAGUCUCAAGUUCAUGACGCGGAGCUUGGCGUGUAUGGCUGAUGGACAAGGAUAUGCGAUCGGCUCGGUGGAGGGGCGUAUUGGAGUAGAGUACUUCGACCCGUCGCCAGCAGUCCAGGAGCAGAAGUACGCAUUCAAGUGCCACCGGCAGACAAUCGAGGACGUCGACCACGUCUGGCCCGUCAACGCGCUUGCGUUCCAUCCUGUUCACAACACCUUCGCGUCCGCUGGCUCUGACGGCACAAUCUCGAUCUGGGACCACAAGCUCAAGAAGCGCCUUCGUCAGUAUCCCAAAUACCAGACGCCCGUUGCCGCUAUUGCAUUCAACUGCGACGGCACACGGCUUGCCGUCGGCCUUGGGUAUACGUGGGACGACGGGGAGAAUGGUGCGCGGAGCGGUGUGCUUCCGGCGCUCUGGAUCAGGAAGGUUGGAGAUGAGGUCAAGCCUCGCCAAGCGGCAUAAUGCUGCAAGGCAGAGUAACGGCGCUCGCUCUUUAAGCGUCGUUUGUUCUUUGUACAAUGCUGUGGUCUACUCGAUGGGCUCUUCUGUUAUUGUGAGGAAAGAACGAUGGAUUUGUCCACCAGUGAGGUGGCUUCUACAAAAUAUUUUAGUGGUCUUACUCUGUUUUAGUGUCGUUCAAUGAAACUUUUCUCUUGCAUCCCGACUAUAUGCGGGCGAUUUGGC